AUGAGGUCGACAGUUCUUUACGCCCUGCUUGCCUCGACUGCAGUUCAGGGUGCUGCGUUGAAUCGUGAUAGAAAUGGCAAUCUGGUUCGCCGGGACAGCUUAUUGGAUCAGCUGGGACAACUUCUCGGCCUGCCAGGUUUGGGAAGCGGAGGGAGCGGAGAUGACUCCGUUGUGAUCACUACUAUUACUACCACUGUCAUUCCUGGAGCUACUCAAGUGAUUGGAAACCCAGUCGCAACAGUUGGACCAGUUGCGCCCUCAGCUCCUCCAGCAGCCCCUCCAGCAGCCCCUCCAGCAGCCGCCCCAACGGUCAAUCCUAAUGGAAACGGAGUUGGCGUCACUACGAUUCCAAUUGCAUCGUCCCUGUUACCGAAGACGACGUUUUCAAUAGCGCCUCCUCCACCGGCGGCAUCGCAGCCUCCUCCGGCAGCGCCUCCUCCCCCUCCGCCUGCUGUCAGCGCUCCUCCGGCCGUGAGUGCCCCUCCGGCUGUCAGUGUUCCUCCGGCAGUACCACCACCGGUGUCUUCUGCUCCGCCGCCGCCUCCGGCAGUCAGUGCUCCUCCAGCUCCUCCUGCCAGCGCUGCUCCUCCUCCUCCGCCACCACCUCCUCCUCCUCCUCCAGCAGUAAACUCUACGGCACCCCCGCCUCCGCCUCCGGCAACUUCAGCUGUGCCUCCGCCGCCUCCUCCGCCUCCAGCUUCCACGAGUAUCGCGACCUCAAAUCUGCCGCCUUCGCCGAUUUUCAGCACGCUCCCUGCAGUAGCUACUACAGCUCCAGCAGCAUCAACCUCUUCGGCUGCAGUGACGUCUCAAAGCUCAUCCUCUGCUUCCUCAAGUGUCUCAUCUUCUGCGGCGGCUCCUGUUGAGGUUUCCACGUCUCUUAUUAAGCCUCCUGCAGCCACCACUACCAGCGUUUCCACAAGCGUUGCUUCGACGACAUCAUCGACGACAUCAUCGACGACAUCAUCGGCUACAACUUCAGCCCCUGCUUCGAGUGCUCCUGCUACGACCGCUCCUGCUACGACCGCUCCCGCUGCAACCACAGCUGCUCCUGCAAGUACAGUUGCUCCCGCAAGCUCAGCUACUCCCGUUGAUUCACCCGCUUCUGUUGCUCCCUCUGCGCCCGUCAACACUCUCGUCCUUGGUAGCCUUGCUUCCAGUGUCCCACUGCCAGACGGAGAACCAGCUCCCCUCCCCCCUCCCCCGGCGGCAACCGCUCCCGCUAUCUUCUCAGCUCCGGCGCCGGAUCUUAAGGGCUAUGAGCUGAAUAGUGUGCUGAAUUUGGGCGCUUUGGUUGCCAUUCCGGCGGCGCCUACGCUCACAGCAGCGGCCGCCGCAGCUCCUUCUAUUAUCAUUGAAUCAUGA